UAGUAGUACGGCACCAGGCUACAAGUCGGCGAAAUGGUGAUUGUGAACGUUGAUUUCGGAAAUCACGAUUUAAUAAUUAAAAUUAUUCAUGUUAACUGUAAUUUAUAACUUAUUAAAAUAAUUAGUUGUACGUAAUUGUUUGGUUUUGUUCUCCUGCAUCGGGUAGACAAUUCGUUUUUAGGAAUAUGAAAGUGAUAUUUAGGAUAUUAAGACCCUAUGGACCAAGAAUUUUGAACGAAUACAGUGGCAGUUCAUCGUUUCUGUUCGUGGGAUAUCGGCGUUAUUCAGUGAACACUGAAGGAAAAACAGAAAAAACAGAAGUACCACUCAAGUAUCAGAAUAUACCAAGUGAAAACAUUCGUAACUUUAGCAUCAUAGCCCAUGUAGACCACGGCAAGAGCACAUUGGCUGAUCGACUACUAGAACUGACAAAUACCAUUUGCAUCGAGGAAGGCAAAGCGCAAGUGUUGGACAGGUUACAAGUAGAAAAAGAAAGAGGUAUAACAGUGAAAGCUCAAACAGCUUCAUUGUUUUAUAAAAGCAAAAUAGAUGACCAAUUAUACCUGUUAAAUUUAAUUGAUACACCUGGUCACGUUGAUUUUUCCAAUGAGGUUUCUCGAUCAUUAUCAGCAUGUCAAGGUGUUAUACUUUUAGUAGAUGCUAACCAAGGAGUUCAAGCUCAGACAGUGGCUAAUUUUUAUUUGGCCUUUUGUCAGAAUCUAAUUAUUGUACCUGUAUUAAAUAAAGUUGAUUUAAAAAAUGCUAAUCCAGAAAAAGUAGAAGAACAACUGCGUGUAUUGUUUGACGUUGAGCCAGAAACUGUCUUAAGGAUAUCAGCCAAGAAUGGGACUGGUGUGGAAGAUUUAUUAGAAUCUAUUGUCACGCGAUUACCACCUCCAGUUGCUAAUCGCCAAGCACCAUUCAAAGCUUUAAUUUUUGAUAGUUGGUUUGACAAAUAUCGUGGUGCUGUAGUUCUUAUUUAUGUUCAAGAUGGAUGUGUUAAAGAAGGUGAUAUAAUAACAACUGUGUACUCUCAAACAACAUAUACAGUGAAAAAUGUUGGAAUACUUAGACCUACAGAAUUUAAUACAGGAACAUUAGUUGGUGGACAAGUUGGAUUUCUCACGUGUAAUAUAAGAUCAGCAAAAGAUGCCCAUAUUGGAGAUACUAUACAUUUGAAAGAUGAACCAGUUGAACCAUUUCCUGGAUUUAAACCUGCUCAACCAAUGGUAUUUGCUGGAUUAUUCCCUAUGGAUCAAUCAUUACACAUGGAAAUGAGAAGUGCUUUAGAACGACUAACACUCAAUGAUUCAGCUGUUAGCAUAACAACUGAGUCAAGUCCAGCACUAGGUCUUGGUUGGAGAUUAGGUUUCCUCGGCUUGCUCCAUUUAGAUGUAUUUAAUCAAAGAUUAGAACAAGAAUACAAUGCCCAAGCCAUUAUGACAGCGCCUAGUGUAACAUAUAAAGCCAAAGUGACAUCAAAAAAAUUAAUUGAAAAGUAUGGUAGUGAUGAAUUUUGUUUUUCUAAUCCAUUGGAUUUCCCUGAUCCAACUUUCACUGUAGCACUUUAUGAACCGUUUAUUCUUGGCACUAUUAUAACUCCAGAUGAAUAUUUGGGAGGUGUUUUGUCAUUAUGUAUGGAGAAAAGAGGUGUACAAAAAUCAUCGACUAAUAUUGACAACACCAGAAUAAUGAUUCAGUGUUAUUUUCCAUUAAAUGAAAUUGUUAUAGAUUUUCACGAUACACUUAAAUCAAUUACAUCAGGUUUUGGAAGUUUUAGUUAUGAAGAUCAUGGAUAUGAACUUUCAAAUUUAGUAAAAUUGAGUAUUUUGCUUAAUGGAAAUGUCGUUGAAGAGCUUGGAACUAUAGUUCAUUCAAGUAAAGCUGUAAGUCUUGGACGUAAAAUGGUAUUGAAAUUAGUAGAGAUGGUUCCAAGACAAAUGUUUCAGAUUGCCAUUCAAGCUUCAGUCAAAGGUAAAAUAAUUGCAAGAGAAACAUUAAAACCUUAUCGCAAAGAUGUAACAUCUAAACUUUGUGGAAAACGCGGUGGUGAUAUUACAAGAAAAAUGAAACUUCUAAAACAACAAUCAGAUGCUAAAAAAAAAAUGAAAAUGGUUGGAAAUAUUGAAAUCCCCCGAGAUACAUUCAUUAAUGUUCUUAAACGUUGACAAUUUUAUGUAUUAUUCUAUAUACUGUCAAUUUGAAUCUGUAUGAAGUGUUUAUUUUUGUUGUAAUUUACAAUUAUAAAUAGUAGUCAAUAAAUAUUGUUAACAAAU